CUCACAAGUUGGCCCAAGCUUGAUUGAUUUAGGAUGCGUCAAUCAUGACUCAGACACGUCAAGUUGCAAUGUCAGUUGUAAUGGAACGACGAAACUGAAUUCUUUAUGCGAUCCAACGCUCAAGCAGAAGAAGUACAAUGCUGCAUUAGGGGACGAGAUACCUCCUGUUUUGCCUUCACAUGUUUGCCUAGAUCCGAAGAGAAACAAUAGCGCUAAUGAAUCGAAUGCUUCCGUGUAAGGACACAGUUUGCGUUGGUAAUCUCGUCACAGUCGUGAUUUCAGACUAUUUCAGAACCGGUGCGCACACUCUCAAAGUGCAGCAUUGUGAACCCAGUGUUGGCGUUGCUAUAAAGAAUCAUCAGAUGGAAGAUGCAUUGCCACAUGGAAGAACUGCUAUGUCUGUGGACAGUAUUGAGCAAUCAGAAGAUGCAUCGCAACUGGACGAAUGUCAGGAUCAAAUAAUUGGAAAAAGCUGCGAAAUUCCUCUUAAAAAUGCCGGAAAAGGUCGUCGUAAACAACCGAAAUCUCAUACCUGUGCAGAGUGUGGCAAGCAAUUCAGAAAGAAAUCCGAACUGACCAAACAUUUGUGGGUCCACACUGGCGAAAAGCCAUACAAGUGCGCGCAAUGUGAUUAUGCUGGCACUAGAGCAAACGAUGUGGCCAGACAUGAAAGCACUCAUUCUGACGCGAGGCCAUUCAAAUGUUCGAUCUGUAAUGCUGCUUUCAAAUUUAAACAUGUUUUAACCGGUCAUCAGGUGACUCAUAGUGGUGGAAGGCUGUAUGAAUGCAACCUGUGUGAUGAAACCUUUCCCCUGCGUUCCGGGUUAAUCAGUCAUAUUAAAUCCCACUAAAUUGCUAUUUUCUACGAUUUCUAAUAUGGGAAUGACGGUGACGUACUUGUUUGGUAUAUUGACAAAAAAAACAUCAUUUUUUAUUCUGUGGAAACAAAAUCCUUCGUGCUGCCGAUGGAUUAGUUUUGUAUAUUUUGUGUGAAUGUAAUUUAAUUCUGAAUAAAUGUGUCCUCUUC